CUUAUACUUGAUACACUGCAUUUUGUCUCAGCAAGCAAGAGCUCAGCUGUUCUGCAGCUGUUGCACUUACUUAUGUCGCUGUCCCUUGCUCCGCUCUCCCUCGCUAAUUUGCGUUUUGAACACAAGUUAAGACUACCUCAAAUGUCAGUAGCUAUUUUGCUGGCUGGGGCCGCGAAUUCUCGCGCUGCUGACUCGUUGACCGGCUCGGCGACGCUGCUCAGACGUCAGCUGAAGCCAGCUGUCACGUAAGGUUUACGAGUCAGCGUCCGUUUCUAUCAGCUUUGCUUCAAAGUUUGUCUUCUCGGUCGCCCGCAUCAUCGCCAUCCAACAUGGCUCUGCAACACUACCGGCAACACACGUUCGUCCACAGGAUUCAACCUCUCACUCUUGGGAACGGUUUCAGGAGCUCUUUGGGACAGCUGGCUGACAGGCACUACACCUCCGACAUAGUGCUCAGCAACGAUGGCUGGCUGACUGCCACUACACCUCCAACAUUGUGCCCAGCAACGGCGCAACCAUGUAACACAGCCAACAAGCAGGCAGUGGAGGCGCAACUAAGGAUCCGGCAUGGGCAGCAGCUGGUCCAGCAGCACAAGGGGUGGAGGCGGGCAUGAUGGUGCCAAGGACGGAGUUUGGUCAUAGGAAGAUGUGGCGGCUGCGGUGGAGGUGGGCAUCAAGGUUGUCGGAUGCAUUGUACCAGCAGACACGCAAGUGAUGGCGCUAGUCAUUGUUGCACGUUAAGGUUUGCACGCAUACAUAUAAGGCAGACAUCAUACGGUUUGGUGUAGUGUUGCAUGAGCGUAAUGGACUUGUCAACGAGGAGCAGGUGUGUGGCCGGUGUCGUAAAAGGAUAACGUAGAUAACGCAGUAUUGCGUGGUGUACAGUGUGGAUCCUAAGUGUGUUAGCAGCUGCCAAAACUUUCCCGUUCGGGUGCUGAACUUUCCCGUAAAAGGGCUUCACUUGCCCGUAAGAACUUCCCCGUAAGGACUUCCCCGUACAAACUCCUACUUUCUUCGAAAAGCAUACGGGGAAGAUUUUUCCGGGGAAGUACCCCCUGUUUUUCCGGGGAUUUCACCCCCCCCUUUUCCCAGA